UCUAAACAUUUAAUUUAGCUAUAGUUAAAUUUUACUAGAAGUAGGUCAGACUUUCGAUUAAAAAGUCUUACACAUUACAUGCGAUCGUGUCUGUCCGGAGUUGUAUUACAUACACUGCUAACGAAACACCGCUUGCUUGACAUUAUCAAAAAAUAGUACAAGAAUGUAAAGUACCAAACACGUCAGCAAAAACUAAUGGCAUUGCUUUAUGGAAUGAAUAUACUCCGAGAUGAAACGUAAUAAUAUACAUGUAGCCAUGGAAACAUUUAAAAUAGGAGAUGACAUCACAAAUUUUUCCUCAAUAUCUUCAAGCACAGACUCCAAUAUAAGUACAGCGUCGUCCGACUAUGUGUACUCGAUAACCAUAUAUUACAUUGGUGCAUUGGCCUUUACGAUGCUCGUUGUCAUGACAGUAGCUUUUAUAAUCAUGUGCCAUGUCUUACGUAGACUGCGACAUAAGACCCGACCUCCAGAACCGGUCAGAAUGACUAGUAAUAAUGAUUUCAACAUAAGAAUUUCUGAUGUAUUUGAUGGCGGUAACAAACGACGGAUGUCACGUGCUCCGGGGCAGUCGAGGAAUACGGCAUACUUCAGGCAAGAUUCGCAAGAAGCAAGUCGAUUUGAUCGAAUGUCGGUGGUCCCAUACGCUGUUUCUGUUGUAAAUGAAAAUUUGAAUCCUAAGCCGAUCUUUGGCGAGCCGCCAAAAACAGAAGACUCGGUAACAAAAUCAAUGAAUGUGAAUGAAAACAUGACGCACCAAACCAGAGUUAUUCUGUCAUCAACACUACCAAAUCGCAAUGCAAACACUAUUGCUGUGGAUGAAAACAUUGUCACGCAACAAAACAAAACUAGUUUGUUCUUAACACUGCCAAACAACGCUACCAAGCACAACCCUGCAAAUGAAAUAAUACUACAAGACAAAAUUGCUGAAACAGAUCAAGCAAUACGUACAACCAAUGAAUAUCAAGUGCCUAGAUCAGCAAAAGUGGUAAAAGACAAUGAUAAAACUCAUUACCAAAUUCCCGGCAACCAUUAUCAAACUCCUAAAAGUCCUAUAAUGUCUAAAAAUCCGAAUUACCAAACACCUAAAGCACCUCGGAAAGUGAUAGCAGUAUGAUACAUAUUGACAUGUAAUAUAACCAUGAUUUCAGUUAUUGAAGUGAGAAAUUAGCCAUAUCAUGUUCGUUGGAUUAAAUUAGUGUUAAAGUCCAAAAAAUAGUAUGCAGGGAAAUUUUUCAAAUUCUUCAAAAAUUGCAUAUUCCUCAGUCGUUAAUGUGAAAAUUAAUCAUUGCCAAGUGCAAUUGCGGAUAUUUGUGUGUAAUGAUCAACAGAAUGGGUGCAAGGGAGCUCGUUUGGAUUACCUUAACUUCCUAUAAAUAAGAUUUCAUCUCUGAUUUUUCGGUUGAGAGUGUGUGGUAAAUUGAAUAUAGUUCUUUGUGUUGUGUAAGAAUGCUAUUUUUUUUAAUAAAUGAUAUCGUGUU